CAAUGUAUCUGUGCUAAAAAUGAAGGACUCUGAACUCUAUGCAGAUGCUCGUCUAUCUCCUUUAUCUCUCACUUAUUACGGGCGUUGCUUAGUAAAUGGAAACUACACUGUGACACUUCACUUUGCAGAGAUAAUUUUUAGAGAUAAUAACUCUUUCCAGAGUCUUGGGAGACGGAUGUUUGACGUUUAUAUCCAGGAUGAACUGAAAUUGAAAGAUUUUGAUAUUAAGAAGGAUGCGAAAGGAGUUGAUAAAGCUGUGAAAAAACAAUUUAAUGCGAUAGUUAAGAAUAAAACUCUGGAUAUCUGAUUUUACUAUUUUGGGAAAGGAUCAAUAGCCAUCCCUUUCGGAAGAGUAUAUGGCCCUUUGAUAUCUGCCAUUUCUGUGGAAUCUGAUUUUAAGUCUCCAUCCGAAGGAAAGAAUAUUUUCAUCCCAACAGGAGUAACAGCUUUGGUAAUUUUUUUCAUUCUCAUUAUUCUUAUUUUUUCAUGGUGGAAAGGCUAUAUAGGAGGCAGGAUCUCAAGGGAAGAAGAACUAAGGAGAUUAGAUUUGCGGACUGGCUUUUUUACUUUUAGACAAAUCAAAGCCACCACAAACAACUUUGAUGCUGUAAAUAAAAUUGGGGAAGGUGGUUUUGGAUCUAUCUACAAGGGUAUACUAUUGGAAGGUAGUGUAAUUGCUGUCAAGCAGCUAUCUUCCAAAUCAAAUCAAGGGAACCGUGAAUUCGUGAAUGAAAUAGGCAUGAUUUCUAGUUUACAGCAUCCAAAUCUCGUAAAAUUGUAUGGACGUUGCAUUGAGGGAAGCCAUUUAGUGCUGGUUUAUGAAUACAUGGAGAACAAUAGCCUUGCCCGCGCUUUAUAUGGACCAGAGGAAAGGCAAUUAAAAAUGGACUGGCAAACCAGACAAAGAAUUUGUAUUGGUAUAGCAAGAGGCUUGGCUUUUCUGCAUGAAGAAUCCACGUUGAAAAUUGUUCAUAGAGACAUAAAACCCAACAACAUUCUUCUUGAUAAAGACCUCAAUCCAAGGAUUUCCGAUUUUGGUUUAGCCAAGCUCGAUGAGGAUGAUAACUCCCACAUCAGCACUAGAGUUGCAGGGACCAUGUGAGAUUUUUUCUCUUUCUUCAUCUCGCC